AUGUUUCUGUACGCUGUCCGGGUCAUAGUGUGCUUUAAACAGAGAUCCCUUACCUCCAAAUGCGAUCCAAAUGCAGGAUUCCAACAUUCAGCGGAUUAUGAAUUUGUCUGGUUGACAACCCGUUCUCUUCACACCAUUGUUGUAUUAACCGUUUUGGAGGAGAUUUGUGACUUCCCUGGAUUUAAAACAAUUUUUCGUAAACUUAAAGUCCUGCCUGAGUUUUGGACUUUGGUCUGUCUUCUCCUGAUGGCUAUGUGUAGAUGUGCAAUGUUGUUAACUAUCUCUGGACAAGCUUUGUCGCAUAUCAUAAUCGCCUACGUUUUCUGUAAUAUUUUGAGAGUGACUAUUGUUGGGAUUCUAAAUUUUACUGAACUUGAGACCAUAAUGCAUAGCUAUCCCAUUUACGUGUUCAUCUUUUCUAAGCUGACUUUAGGAACUUUCUUUCUUGAAAAUCUUUUAAGCUUUGUAGUAUCUCUUCUUCAAUUCGCGGAAGAUGUUGAGGACUUCACUCAAGAAGAAAUGAAAACCUCUGUGGAUGCCCAAGUCAUAUACUGUUUUUUACAUAAGUUUGCAACAACCUAUUUUAACAUGAAAAUAGCGAGCUUUUUCUGGCAGAAACUAUUCAAUGAUGAUGUUAAUUUACUUUCGAGCCAUCCCCGCUGUCAUGCUAAGUAA